CUUCCUUCUAGUAGGGGAAGGUCGUAAACCAGGAAUGCUGCAUGCUCUCUUGCAAAAACGGAAGAGAGAACUCGAAGAUGAACGUGCUCGCAUGCUUCGCACUCGACGUCAGGGCACGAGGGGUCGAGCGGGUUCGAUGCAAGAAGAUCUUUCAGGUGGGGUUUCUCCUAGUAAAUCGGAAGCUGCAGUAGAAGCGGAGGAAGAACAGUCACGGGUUCAACAAAUAGACGAGUCGAAUUCCACUACAGUAGACGGCCAAGGACACGGGGAACAAGUAGUGGAAGAAGACACACUCGGUUGUAGCGAGAAAGGCUGUGCCAGCGAUGACGAAGGUAGUGUUGACGCACAACGAAUAAUACAUGGAGGUACAACUACAGAGACUACUAUUGCAACAUCAUCACACAAUGAAGCUCUGCUGAAUCAAGACACAGAGCUCAAGGCGUUAAGAGGUGAAGCGAGUCGGGGCGCAGAGGACGCCUGUACGGAUAGAGACUUUCACGAAGCGAGUACUUUAUCCUCGGAUGAAUGCCUCAGAGAAGAAGUGGAUGAUCGAGAUGAAACUCCGGUAGAAGAUCUUGAAAAGCGACGUAGUGUCGGCCCUGCAGACAACAAUUCUCCUUGUUCUGACGAUGAUGAGAGGCGAAGAACCGACCACGACAGAGAAGACGACUCAGCAAAG